AUUCCUCCGAUGAUCACGGACUGAUGUGCUCGCUCUUGGGACAGGGGUACCACUGGCACGCGCCACAGCGCUUUGACACUUCGGUGCGAGGGAUAUAGGUAUAUAAGGCUACUUACUGCUCGUUUUUUCCUUGGUAGAAGCCGAGUGUCCUCUAAAAGCAUUGGGUAAUUUCCAAUCGUCUGCCAUGUAUGAGGGGUCUGAGUCCGUGGACACAUGGGAAGUCAGAACUGAGACCACCCUUGGGUCCUCUGUCUCCACCUGCAAGAAGGUUUUGUGCAGUAACAGUGUUCUGGAAUCGUCUGAGUACUGGUUGAAGAACGAUAAGGCGCUGUGCAGAAUCGGAUUCUUGGAGGACCAGCAUGACGGAGGCUGCCCGACAAUCUGCUUCAUAAAUGUGGACAGACACAACUCGGAUCGCCAUGACGACAGCUACAUUAAGAAACUGGCCUCAGUGUGCCCAGAGCUGCCACGGUUAAUUGAGUCUCUCGGAGUGCGGCAACCCAAAGAAAAUGAAAUUCUGCUUCUCAGCAGCCAAGAGUCACCUGACUCCUGCCGGCAUGACCCCAGCCACCCACAGAGCCAGAGAACAGCUGAUGUCUGUCUGGUGCAUUGUUCCUGUGGGCGUCGCCCUACCCAAACGAACAGUGUCAUUUUUGAGAUCAAUAAGUUCUUGAGUGGUCUUCAGUCAGGUCAGGAGAGGCAGUGGCAUGGCCGAUUGGCUGGUCAUCGAGCUGCUGAAGAUGACACCAAUCGCUCUGUUUCAUCCAUUGAAGAAGACUUCCUUACUGCCUCUGAGCAGCUUGGGGAUGACAGCGAGGAUGAUCCUUUCAGAAAUGAUCCUGAGAUUUAUGCUAUGCCUGAGUCGAUUAAGGCAUUGAGAGCUGCCCACACUCAAAGAAGGACUGAAAUGGAUAGAGAUGAUAGUGAGGACUCAGAGACCCUCUGCACCUCUUCCAACUCCCAGAAGCUCUCAAGAACAUAUUCUGCCCCCUCCAGAGGCCCAAGCACCUCACCAAAACAAGUCAGUUGUCACACGAAUGAGUCCGCUGGUCACUAUGCCACCAAUCUGGCGGAGUCUGUCCUCCAGGAUGCUUUUAUUCAUUUGUCACAAGAUGAACAUUCUUUUGCCACAGAAGCAGCUGUGAGUGUCUCCAACACCUCGCAACAGUCAGGUGGUGUGAGCCACUCUGUUGAAGAGACUCCAAGAGCUCGAGCCUGCUCUUUUGAACUCCCUAAAAUUGUGAUUGUCCAGAGUCCUGACAACAGUGAGGAGGUGACAGAGUGGCCUGAAGCACAAUCACAUGGAACUCCAGAGCAUGAUGGAGUGCACAGAGCCAUAAAUAAGCAUGGGACUCACCCCCAGCACUUCUCGCAAAUUGUACAACCUGCCAAGCCAGUGGAAAUAGCACUGGCAUGCGCAGCGAGCAUCAUCGGCACCAUUACCACCCCUCAGGUCACAGAACAACUCACAAUGGAGUCAGGAGACAAAGAUGAGUAUGAUGAUGACGAAGAAGUAGAAGAAAAUGAAACAGAACAAGGGGAGUAUUCAUUUUCUACUGCAGUAUGUGGAAUGUCUCAGGUUGCUGGAGCAGUAGCUGUGGUAGAUCUUGCUGAAGACUCUGGGGAUACAGAAGACUCUACAGACAUGUACUCUGCUUCUAUGGGACUUCUGUCAGUUGCACAAGCAUCAACUGCCAUACCUCUCCACUGUAGCAUUGCAGAGGGCACCAGUGUUGAGGCUUUCAGGGCCAAUGUGGCUGAAGCUCUCCUUAGGGAAGCUUCGGCUGUUCUCACACACAGACAAAGUUAUUCAAGCGUUGCGAAUUUCCUUGAGACCACACAUAACAAGAUAGUGGAUGGAAUCACAAAUCCAAAAAGGCCCUAUCAGGAAAAACAGGAUGUGGAUAAUUUUACAAAGGAAAUAUCAGACAGUAUCUUUCAAUACGCCCUCGAGAAGGCUGAGAAGAGAAAAGAGCUUGAGGGUCCUGGAAAAGAUUCUCCAAACAUACACGGUUUUCUCUUGGAUUGUGUAAAUAAUUUUCUCUUUGAUGUCCUUUGUGUUACGUCAAGGAUAAUCAAUGAUAUUUCAAAAUGUAAUUUGGGGUCACCUGACAGGCAAGAAGACAAUGUCAGCUUUAGGGAGUAUGAGACUGGUACCAAUUCUGAUAGAGAAGCUUUAAGCCACUUGCAGCAUUUGAUUGAGCCAAGCCAGGCUUAUAAUCAUGGAGAGAGGCAGAGCAGUGUGGAGAACAUGUCUAUUCUCUUAGAGAAAAGAGAGCGAGAGCAAAAAUACAUACAGGAGGAGAGAGAAAAUGAACCAAAACUGAAAGAACCCUACAAAAUUACUCUGAACCGAGUGACUGCCACUAUGCUUAAAGAGCAAUCCAACCUACAAGCGCUGCUGGGUAGGAGUGAGAAGAACUCAGACUGUACACUCCCCUCAGCUGAAAGCUUCCAACUUCACAUGCCACAAGGGAGGGCAGGAGGAGAGAGUGAGACCAGGCAGAAUUCAUUAUCGUCCUCUACAGGAGCACUUGUAGCACUUAGAACGGAUUCAGAGUCCAGAACUCCUGUAACAUGCUUUGCCGAAGACUUGGCGACCACAGUGGUCUCCAUGGCGACAGAGCUAGCAGCCAUUUGCUUGGAGAAUUCAAGUGGAAAACAGCCAUGGUUCUGCGCCUUAAAGGGAGGGUCAGAUGGUCCAGAGGGGCUGCUUCUGCCAUGCCGCACAGCUGCAGCCCUCCAACGUAAAGAGUCACAAAAUGGAACUGCAGUCACCAAGAAGCACAGACCUCCACGCCUCAGUGAAAUCAAACGUAAAACUGAAGAGCAGCCUGAACUCAUGGAGCGUCUAGUCAACCGUGUCGUGGAUGAGACCGUCAACCUUGACGAACCAACAACAUCUGACCCAUUUGCACUCUUUGCAUCUGAGGUCACAGCCAAGAUUAUGAACUGUCCAGAAUUGAGUGUGGUGGACACUUCCAAAUCUGGCCAAUCAUCUCGCAGCCGCCUGCAGUGUGAGAGAUGGAGCAGUAGAGGGAGAGCAUCAAGCUAUGAAAGUAUUCCAGAAGAGGACAUGGAUUUCUCUGGAACACCAAACACUUUGGGACCAGGAAACUGGCUUGGGCAUAAUUUGAGCAGACGUAGCUCUAUCUCCAAGCAGUCCAGCUGUGAGAGCAUUACAGAUGAGUUCUCUCGGUUCAUGGUGAACCAGAUGGAGACGGAGGGUCGUGGGUUUGACCUUCUGCUGGACUACUAUGCUGGGAAAAAUGCCAGCAGCAUCCUUGCAGCAGCUGUUCAACAGGCUGCCAGUAAAAAAAACGGACACCUCAAUGUGCGGACAUCAUCGUGUCUCUCUAAGCAAUCCAGCACUGAAAGUAUCACAGAGGAAUUUUAUCGCUUCAUGCUGAGAGACAUGGACAAGGAGAACAAGGACUACAGUCUGACCAAGACCAAAGAAUGGAGUAAUAGCCUAUUACUCCCAUCACACAGAACCCCAUUUUGUAUCCGUCAGUCCUCUGUUCCUGACAGACGAUCAUCAGAUUCCAGACUAACUGUAAACUCACCCAUUAAGGCCAAAUCAUUUGAUGGUUUUGCUCGAAAUGUACAUGGAGACUCACUCAACAUUUAUCCAACCAACUCUGUGUCAUCUACAGGACUCUGCAAAUCUGAUUCCUGCUUGUAUCAGCGUGGUCAAAUGGACCAAAUUACAGAUAUGCUGAUUCAUGAUACCUGGUCCAGCUCUAUUGAGUCUCUAAUGCGCAAGAAUAAAAUUAUUGCAGAGCCAUCAGAGGACAGUGUAGAACUGGAUUCUGCAGACUCACAACCACAUGUCCAGCUCUUUGCUAAUCGUCCAGCAGCAGACAUCGUAGAGAGUGGCAAAUCGUUGCUUGGAAACCAGCAGGAAGUCUGUGCAGCUGCUUGUCGUCCACAAGUUCCUGUUAGAGAAAGGAGGCAAGGCUAUAAACAGUCCCGUCGAGAAAGUGGUGGAAACCGGCCAAGUGUGGAGCAUCAAGAAAAAAGUGGUAACUCUCAAAGUUCUUCCUGUAUGAGACAAGCGUGGCGAGGGCAUAGGGAGGUACCCCUGAUACAUAUUGAACCAGAUCAAAGAGAAGAGGUCUCUAAAGAUGUGGGGAGGGAUUGGACCCACCACAGAGAAGCAUCCCAUCUGGUCCAGCUACAAAGCAGCAAAGAAAGUGGGAUGGCAACCAAAAGCAGCAGUGACAAACACAGGGCUUCCUCAGUUGUCACAGUGCCCUCUGCAGAUGUGGAGGUGAAGCGAUGCUCUUUCAGCACUAGCAGUGAGGAAAGCGGCUCAGGCAGUUGGGCACAGAUUGCCCCAGACGACGACCCCCAGGAGGAGACCACCAGUAGCUUUAUCCAGAUAAGCGAGGGAAAUGGGAAUAGCAGUGCUUCUAGUCUCGGACUAGCAGACCUGGAGGGCUUUCUAGACUACUCGAUCUCCAGCACCCUAAUCAGCGAGGAGAGAGAGAAGACACCGAAUUGUCAGGAUCAGGCAGAUGAAGUAACAUCGGGUUUGUCCACAGCAGGGAGCAGCUGUCAAAGGGAGCUCCUGGUGGUGAACUUUGACCAGGAACCAGACUGUGUGGAUGGAGAACUAAGAGCAGCGCUUCAAUGGAUUGCUGCAUCUGAGCUUGGCGUGCCAGCACUCUACUUCAAAAAGACUCAGGAGCACAAUGUUGCUAAGUUCCACAGAGUGGUGCAGUUGGCAAAUCAGAAGGCCUGGCGUGUGGGGGACUUGUUCAGUGCUGUGGCUCAGUUCUGUCAACUCCACCAGGACCUGGAGCAGAGAGGACAGCCAGCGCCCAGCCUGUUUGACUGGAUUCUGAAGACCAAGCGCUAGAGUGCACACACAUGCACUGUAUGGACCAGGAGCUGGAGACAGCACAUAUAUAUUCUGUGCUAGCACACAUAUAUAGUCCGGAGCCAUUGUGAAAAUAUCCAAUCCAUUUGAGCCCGCUGCUAGACUCUCACACAGGCUCCUCUAACAAAGACCCUGUGAUCCUCCACAACCAGUCAAAUUGUUUCAUUACUGUUCAUCAACAUGCUUCUCUUCAGUUGGUUUGUUAAAGAAAUUAAGCUGCUUUGUGAAACUCACAGGUUAGCAAGCUGGUUUACAGGAUGCCAACAGUACCUACUAAGUGGAUCUGUACACACUCUAUACAUGUGAACUCACCAGCACCUCCUACGUUCUGCCCUUUGAUAUGCACAUUAAUAUUCAAGGCUUACAUUUAGCACAAACCUUUAUUCAGACACCUGCACCACCUGUCACACUUGUAUAUGUCUAUGCUAGAUCACAGCAAUUAGGGCAUAUACUUUAGGAAGAAAAGCCUUGUCCUUAACUAUAACCCCAAUUCCGAAAAAGUUGGGACAGUAUGAAAAAUGCUAAUAAAAACAAAAAGAAGUGAUUUGUAGAUUAUAUUCACCCUUUGCUAUAUUGAAAGCACAACAAAUUAACAUUAUAUUAUGUUUUACCUUGUGGAUUUCAUCAGAUAAUUGCAACACACUCCAAAAAAGUUGGGACAGUCGAGUGUUUACCACUGUGAAACAUCACCAUUUCUUCUAAAAAACAUAUUAAGCAUUUAGGCAGUGAAGAGACAAGUUUAGGUUUAAAAAGUAGAAUUUUCCCCCAUUCAUCUAUUAUGCAUGUCUUCAACCACACUUUCACAAUUGGAGAUGAUCAGGACUUCAGGCAGGCCAAUCUAGCACCCGCACUCUCUGCUUAUUCAGCCAGUAAGUGGUUUGAAGUUGUCCUGCUGAAAAUUCUGGGACGUCCUAGGAAAAGAAGGUGCUGGAUGACAGUACAGUAUAUGCUGCUCGAAAAUGUUUACAUAUCUGUCUGCAUUAAUGGUGACCUCACAGAUGUGCAAGAUACCCUUGCCAUGGGCACUGACACACCCCUGGCCCAUACAGACACUGGCUUUUGGACCUGACACUGAUAACAGCUUGGACGGUCCUUUUCCUCUUUGGCCCGGAGAAUACAAACGCUGUGUUUUUCAAGAACUUUUUUAAAUGUGGACUCAUAGGACCAAAAACAUGGUUCCACUGUUCUACUUUCCAUCUAUGAUGAGCCCGAGCCCAGAGAAGUCCGCAGCGCUUCUGGACAGUGUUGAUGUAGGGCUUCUGCUUUGCACAGUAAAGUCUUAACUUGCAUCUGUGGAUGUAGCGGCGAGUGGUGUUGACUCACAAAGGUUUACUAAAGUGAUCCCAAGCCCAUGUUCAUGAUCUCCAUUACAAAUUAAUUAUGUUUUUUAAGACAGUGAUGUCUGAGGGAUCAUCAUAAUGUUUAGUUGUAGUGCUUUCAAUAGAGCAAAGGGUGGAUAUAAUUUACAAAUCUUUUCUUUUUUUUUUUUAGCAUUUUUCAUACUGUCCCAACUUUUUCGGAAAUGGGGUUGUAUCAUGAGAUGCAAUGUGCUCAAGACGCUCUUCAGAGCAUUACAUAUCGAUUAGAUUGUGAUUAGAGGAUAUUUCCCUUUAAAUUUUGCAUGUUCCUAUGUCUGUAUGUGCACGGAUACAGUUCCACCAGUCACCAGCCUGCUCUGGUUAGCGAAACAUGGUUUAAACCAACCAACCGAUCAGCCUUGAUAUUUUGUAGCCUGCAGAUUUUUACCGCACGACAAACUCAAAUUCAAAUGCACAAGAUGACUUUAUAUCAAGAAUAAUGGAUUUGAGAGAUAUGUUGUGGGGAUUUAAUGAAAUGUAGAUGUUUGUAUAUAAGGUGAAAUAUAUGCGGUAGUGAGAUCCCAUUCCAAACACAGCACACAAGGCUUUUAUUUAAAGUUUUCACUGUUCAGUCAUUUUUAUUGUGCAUCUGAGACUGAAUUCUGUGUUUAGUUUUCAGUGACUACUGUUAUUUAAGAGAUUUUAUUUUCUGCUAGAUGUAAAUAGUCUAGAUUGUGAUCUAUUGUACCUUGGUUUUUCUGGUUGCAGAGACUCAGACAGACAGCAUCAGAGUAAAAAGGCUCACCAGACUACAGUAAAGGUUUAGGGUGUGAUUAGAAUACUGUGUUUAAAGUAUUUUACAAGUACAGUUUUGUCACGUGGAAAUUUACUUGUAAAUGUGAAAUCUGGUCGUUAUGGUUUUCUCUGCAUAGUAACAUAAUAGUAAUGUAAGUGUUUAAUAUCAGAGUUGAAAGCGCAUAACAAAACUGUAUCCAUUCUGUCACAGUAUACCUGAAUGUAUUUAUCUUUUCAAAAUAAAAAUUUGCGU